AUGAGCGAGUCCCGCCCACUAAAAUAUUUCCUGGGUCUUCCACAGGAAAGUAGCUCGGAGGAAGUCGGUGAUGCAUUGUCAAAUGCAGUCUUAUCAGCGGCCAGCGACAACGACAGCGAAUCAUCCAAUUCAUUAGACUCCAUUCUGUAUAUGCUAGAGAAGGAAGAGCAUACAAACUUGGUCCAAUCUCUGGAUCUAUUCAAUAUAUUCAACUCCCUCUUGACAUCGACGAAAACGAAGGCCCACGAUAUUAUGCUGCUGAUAGGGCAACACAGCAGCUCUAAAGAGCUACUAAUAGUCGUACAGGAAGCUGUGGAACGCCUGCAAGGCAACAUCCAAUCCGAAUCUGAUUUUACCGAUCAACCGUCGCCCACCAUACAGCUUGCCGUCCUUGUGAAGCUCUACUCUUUGUCCCUUCCGCGUGUAAACUCUCGCAGAAGGACACCGGAAGAUACACUGGGACCUGUGUUAUCCGAUCUUCAAUCAGCACUACGAGUUUGUGCAAGUGAAGCCACUCACGAAGAUGCCUUGGUUCUCGUUCAAAAUGUCUUCGAAAUGAUACGGUCUGUGCUUUUGUGGGUGCAAGGAAUGGAUGGCUGCUCUUCCGAUGUGAUUGCUGCUUGUACCACCCGAUUACGGGCAUUGGCGGAUGCCACUGUGGUUAGCUAUCACCCGUCGUUCCGCUUCAAUGUGGCACAGAGAUCGUUCCAGCGUUCGUUUCCACGAUUGAUCUUACCCUCUGCUAAACCGCUCGACUCCCACGGCCAGGAUCCAGCUGUCACCUUGAUUCUGGAUACAUACAGCUCACUUGGUCGUUCCUUCUCCGCGCUUCCUGAACAGCCGUCCAUCGAGUUCUUGAUCCUGGUGUCUCAUCAAUUACCUUCACCGAUCAUUCCCAGCCUCCUCUUGUCGAACUUGAUGUCAAUAUUCGUGCUUUCUGUCCAACAAAACGUUGCUCUGGAUGAGUCUUUGGCAAUCCUGAUCACAGCUCUCAAUCAAAUCGCGUCUGGCUCCAAUGCGGCCAAGCUUUCUCCAGAGAUCGUCACGCCUUUAUGUACACUCCUCCCUCCCUUGGCUUGUGGGCAUCCUGACGCCUCGACAAGAUACCUGAUCUUCAAAAUCCUAUCUCUUCUAUUGUCACUCAGCCAACCUCAAUUACGCUUAGAAAUACUACGGGAUCUUACGUCCUCCGAGUCCGCCCCGCAGAUGCGAAUAGCUGCCAUCGGCUUGAUCAAGGACGCUAUCUUUGAAGGCCUUUCGUCACCUUCUCCCGAUUUGUUCGCUUCGCCGGCUCUAUUCAGUGGGUUGGGAGCGAUAUUGCUACGACCUGACCCUCCAAGUUUCUGUUCUGAUUGCGAUUACGGCCAAUUGUCAGAAUCGCCAGAGCCAUCGAGGCUCGUUCAGUGCCUGUCUUUGUACUAUGCUGUCCUCACGCGAGACCAAAAGAAUCUGACCGGGGUUCGAGACCCGGCAAUGAUAGACCAAGUGAAGGAAUCAUUGUUGACUCCCAUUCGAACGCUUACGGAGCGAUUGAGCGAUGAAGAGUUGACCGACGACGAGCUCCUAUAUCAAAACAUCCAUUUAGUUUCCCUUCAGAUCGGACUAGAGAGGGUUGAUAGCGCCAUUCAACAGAUAUCAGACGAUCGCCAGCUUUAG